GGCGAGCGGGCGCCGCCUCCCCACCAACUCCUUUGCUCCUGGCGCUCCCCUCCUUCGCCCUCGUCAGCCUUUGCCUCCUCCGUUCGCGCAACCCGGCGCUCCUCUUUCUCUCCCUCGUCCUCCCCUCUUCGACCCUUCCUUUCCGGCGCUGAGGUCGCAAGCUCCUCUUCCGCGGCUUCCCGGCAUGGCUUCCAGCACCUCCUUCCCGGCGAUGGUCCCUUCUUUGUCCUGGCACCCUCCCUUUCCUGCUCGUCGCCUUGCUCCUCCCGCUGCCACCCUCGACGACACUCGCGUCACGGGGGCGGUCGAUCUCUUUCGCUCUCUCGGUGUGUCGGUGGUGGCGACGGCGGCGGCGGCGGGAGACUCUUCAGACAGCCCUCCCGACGCGCCAGUGGCACGUCGCCGUUCUUCAAUCCCUCCUCCUCCUCGCACCAAGCGAGUCGUCAGCGCUGGCGCGGGCUCCUUCCUCUCGUCUCCUUUCGGGAGCUCAGCGGUUUCCUCUUCUCCGGGCUCCUCAAGUCGUCCCAUCUUCUCCUCUUCUCAGCGCGUCGACUCCGCAGCCACUCAGCCUCCUGUCUUCAGCUCGCAAGUCCCUGGCGCAUCGACUUCGGCACUCUCGGCUCGAGCGCCUCAACAGCUCAAUCUUCCUCUCCCUCGCGACUCAACUUCGGUCUUUUCGGUUCUGCGUCAAUUCUCCAGCAAUCCUCCUCUGGCUGCUCCUCGCCAACAACUCACAUCUUCGGCAUCGUCAACUCCUCUGCUCUCUUCUCCAACGUCGGCCCUCGUCACUCCUCGUCACCUCGCGUCGUCAUCAGGCUCUGCUCAACCUCCCGCCACGUCGCCCUCUUCACUCCCUCAUCAAGAUCUGCGCCCACUGCCGCUCACCCCGCGCGUCAUACACGAGAGCACGGGGUCGAGUCUGCCUUGGCCGCCGCCGCAGAUCGCUCCUGCUGAAGGCAGCGCGGAGGGCGUCUUUCCAUCUUCUACGUCUUCGCUCGGGAGUCCUUCCCGGGCAUCUUCUCACUCGCAGCCCCACUCGAGCACUCCGACACCUCAUCUUCCCGGAUUCGACCUCUCGACGAUGCCUUUGCGGGGAGGAGUGCAACGAUUCGCCCGCCGUCUGUGCUUCGAAAACACUCCCUUGGACAGUGGACCGGCAAUCAGGCAGUACCGUGCUGACGUCGCUACCAUGAGGCGCGUCAUCGACAUGCACGAGGCCAAUAUCCGAUCCAUUGAUGAAGGGCCAGCCUCUCCGCAGCCCUAGCGUCGUCCUCUUUAUAUACCCACAUCGUCCUCUUUCUUUUGAGCCUCGUUCGGAGCCAUUGAAGCCGCAUACCUUCUUUCUGUACGCGCAAUACUGCUGAACUCCCUGACUUCGCGCAAAAAUCCGCGGUCGUAAAACCCAUCGUACCGCGAUAACCCGCGAGCGCUCUGAG